AAAAAGCUCCAACUAGCGCGUGCUAACACCCGCCGUGUUCUUGAACCUUUAGGAACGCUGUUUGGAGCAAGCACACUUCCCGAACAGGAAGUAUUUUAGAGUGACAUCCCUUGGAAAUAUGGCGACGUCCUUGGUGUCACUCGUGCAAAGUAAUGCAGUAAAAUUACUUGCAAACAGGGCCAGCGUUACCUACCAAACUGUACGAUUCCGUCGUGCGAAGAGGGCCUAUGGAAAAAGUUUCGAAAAUGCAAGAAGUUACGAAGACAGGAUUGCAGAGCUGAAAAGUCAAGAACCAAUAUUGAAUCAAGGUAUAAACAUUGGGUUUCCUCAAAGAACAGCCAGUUUCAACCCUGACCAUCUGCAAAAGGUCUGGCUGAAGAAGAGACAAGGAAAAGAACAGCAAGCUCGGAAAAGAGAAUUGAUUAUCUCCUUGGAGGAUGUGAAAGCUAAAUGGCAGGAAGAACAAGGAAGCAAGCAUGUCCACCAGAUAGCGACACACUACGGCAUUUACCAGGACAUGUUUGACCAUGCUUUCUUCCACCCAGCGACAGACCUCGACAUCAGCUACGACUACGAUGACGACUUUGUCACAGUGGUCUGCACAGGGAACAAGAUACCACCAGCAGAUGCUGCAGUGUGCCCUCAUGUGACCUACCAAACUGAUGACAAGACCCUGUGGACUCUGGUGAUGUCCAGCCCUGACGGUCAUCUUCAGGACGACGACAAGGAGUGUCUGCACUGGAUGGUUGCUAACAUCCCAGGUAAUGAUGUAGAGAAAGGGGAGGUAAUCUGUGACUACAUGCAGCCCUUCCCUCCUAAGGGCACUGGACAUCUCCGCUAUGUGUUCAUUCUCUACAAACAAACAGAAAGACUUGACCUGAGUCGUAUACAGAAGCCACCAAGAUGCCUCUCUCUUCAGGAGAGGACAUUCAGCACUCUCAGCUUCUACUCGGAGAGACAGGACAUUCUGACGCCUGCAGGGCUGGCUUUCUUCCAGUCAGAGUGGGACCCGUCCGUCCAGGACUUCUUCCGAAAUAAACUAGAAAUGACAGAACCAGUAUUUGAGUUCAUGAACCCACCGCCGUACCAUCCGAAACAAGUGAAAUACCCGCACAAAGAACCUUUUAACUUAUAUUUAGACCGGUAUAGACAUGUGAAGGAUAUCAAUGAAGAAGUCUUAAAAGAGAAAUUGAAAAGAAUAUCCCCAUUCAGGCCAAACAAACCCAAACCCUUGUACCCAGGAAUUAUUCCUUUGCCAAAGUCGAUGCCAAGCUGGUUGAAAACUCGGGCCAGGAAUAUUCGGUUAGGUCGGCACCAGUGGAAGGGACUCCCAGGACAGUAGAGCUGCGGUCUGCCAUGGUUACAUACUUAUAAGCAAGGGAAGAACACUUUGCCUACAAUUUGUGAGAGUUUCAGGUGGACUAGAAGGAAAUGGUACCUGCACAGCAAGAAGUUGCUGAAUGGAUGAGUAGACGAGGUUGUUGAUUGUGGCACAGCUGGUAAUCAAACAUGAUAAUUCACUGUAUUGCAGAAACUGGCACUAGUCCUAUAGUCCUGGCCAAACUGCCAAAUAGUUAAGGUAUCAUAAGGACUAUUAGAAAUUUGCCACAGUUUUGCUAUAGUAUAUGUUAUCAUUAUAAGGACCAGUGGACUAAAAAUGUUAGUUUCUACUGCUGAUCCUAGAAUCAGGAAGUAGUUUAUGAUAUAUAUUUCAUAAUACUGUAAGGGGCGGUUGGUUAGCCUUGUGGUUAAAACAUUCUCUCAUCACACGUAGGCCCGGGUUCGAUUCCCUACAUGAAUACAAUGAGUGAAGCCUAUUUCUGGUGUC